UUGGAUUCAAGAAUAAAAAAGCCGAGGGAAGCAGGUCUUCAGAACAAAAAGUUUCCUCUGUGAAGACAAAUGUUUGGCCUCUUUCUCCCGGGGUUGUGUGCAUACCGAGAUCCGAGAAUCGCGUUUUAUGUGUGACCGCACAGAGGGUUGGACAAAUUGAAGGAGCAACAGGAGGUGGCAGAGACGCUUUUCAGAAGAAGCAAGGAGAUAGAGAGAGAGGGAAGGAGAGAAAGGGAGAGAGAGAGACUAUCUCACUCUCCCAGUCGUAGUUGCAACCGGAUCGCAUUCAGCGUCUCUCUCGACACUGCAAUAGCAGGACAAUGUCUAGUAAAGCGACUUUAGCCUUACUCAUCUAUGGAAUCAUAAUGCACUACAGUGUCUACUGCUCACCUCUCGGGCUAAACUAUCCUAACCUUAGACUUGAAAAUGAGGUUUAUGACGAGGAUGGGAAUUCGUUACCGGACUUGGCUUUUGACAGUGAUCAAAUUGCUAUAAGAAGUCCCCCGUCUGUGGCUGACGACUUGUACACUUUAUACUACCCACCGGAGAAAAGAACGGAAAGGCAUGCAGACGGAAUGUUUAAUAAAGCCUACAGGAAAGCGCUGGGUCAGUUAUCAGCAAGAAAAUAUCUCCAUUCUCUGAUGGCAAAGCGUGUAGGUGGAGGGAGCACCAUGGAAGAUGACUCAGAGCCUCUGUCAAAGCGACAUUCGGAUGGGAUCUUCACAGAUAGCUACAGCCGCUACCGAAAGCAAAUGGCAGUCAAGAAAUACCUGGCAGCAGUCCUUGGGAAAAGCCCUGAAGACUUAGGUUUUCAAGACAUAGACUUUGAUGCCCUCCCGGAUGGGGAUGAGUUUGAGGCUAUUUUGGGAGACUGGCUGAAACAGUUCUCUCCCGAAUUUCCGGUGAGUUCCAGGCUCUUUCCCAAGGCCUUGUCUUGAGGGAUGUCUCCUGUCCCUCCUUCUUUUUCUCACCUUACCCUAAACCUGUGACCUUACACUCCAAAUACUGUAUAAAACCCAAUCGCCUUCUUUCCUCUUUUGUGCUCCUGUCUCUCUAGAGAUACUGUAUCUACUAUAUUCACACCUAUAUAAUGCAUGUCAAGCAUGCAUGUACAGAAUAUGUAUGAACGUGAAUAUAGCUGCAUAGAUAUGUUAUACACAUAUAACGUGUGUGGAUAUACUGUAUAUCUUUUUAAAUUCCCCAUAAAUAUCCUAUCAGAGGCUGUAGGAUAAUAAUGUGAUGUCAAACAGUAUUAUAAAUUAAUUAAUUAUUUAAGACCAAAACAGACAUGACCCAACUGGCUUUAGAAGCCUUACAUAUGGUGGUAAUCCAGCCACUAAAGUGAAAUACUUGUUAGAAUGACCCUUUGACCCCUAUAUGACCCCUAUAUAAGAUGAGGACCAGAGUGCUUUUGAGCUUUUUCUUUUCUUCCUGUUGUUCUUCUUCUUCAGUGUUAAUGAAAAUAAGCUUACACUUUUGAACUUUGUGCGAAGUAUCUUGUGUUCCUCUCUAGUGCUAUCCAUGUGUUUGAAAAGCUCUUGAAAACCUGGAAUGCUGUUAAAGGUUUUCCAUAUGUCUCUUCUCGCCACAUAAGAAGUAUCAUGAACAUAGAAUAACCUAGAAUGUCAUCGGACUGAAAAGAAGGAAAGAAAAAAUUCAGAACGUUUCGACUAACAUGAUACUUUUUAUAUGGUUUCAUUUAAUUUCACAAAUGUUGUUAUUUUUCAUGAGGAACAUUGCAGAGGCAAUUUGAAGACGUAUGUGUUGCACCUUCCUGGUUGGUCUACUGUGCUUCCCCUCUAUUGUCAUGUGAACCAAUGUGAAGCUAGACCGCAUGAUUAAAGUAAUUGCACUAGCCACCAAAUCUGUGCAAACUACUGCAAUUGGAUGGUUUUGUUUGCUCACUGAUUGAGGUAUAUACAUAUCUGUGUUUUCUGGAUGUUGUGUUGUUUUUGUUCUCUCCCCAACAUUACUGCACAAUGUGUGUGAUUGAACGUCUCACCCCUGUCCUCUGUCGAGGAAACUCAGAUGAAUGUACUGCAGGGGAGAAGCUCUUAGAAAUAGUAUUGUCAUGUUUUCCUUUUAGUCUCUUCUCAAUGGGACUUGAGGCAAGAUUUUGUUACAUUCCAAUGUAUUAUAUGCCAAAAACAAUUCUUGAAUGAUCGUUGUUUUGAAUUACCUAUCCUGGCAGCCCAAGUGCAGCACAGUUAAACUUAUACCUAAUCAACAGUUGGACAAAGCCUUAAAUAUAAUGAACCGUGCCUGUACUAUUCUGAACACCACCAAUCCCAAACUAGCUUCUCAGUUUACUUGCCUCUUUGCUGUUGAUGUAAAUUAUCACAAGAAGAGUAGCAGAGAGAACCUGUUGAGUGCUAGAUAGACCCAAGCAUGAGAGGAGGAGUGGGCGGAAGAGAGAGGAAGGAGGAUAGUGGGUGCAAGAGGAGAACAAAGAGAAAGAGGGACACAGAGAAAGAGGGAGAGUCCAUGACCAAUCAAUUUGAGAGAGUAAAACAGUGAUUUUUGGCAGUGAAAGGGAGUUACAAGGCAAAGGUUUCCACACUUCAUUAGAAAAACCUGGCCUCUCGUCUCACUUGUACCCGUCAGUGACAUAUAGACAAUGGUUACUCAAACAGAACAAGCCACACUUCUUCUAACUAGAAGCAUGAUUGGGUUUGCUACUUCUGUAAUAGCCAUCACGGGUUUUGGCACUAUAAAAAAUAGGUAAUAAGAUAAUGAAAAAUGUAGCUUCUGAAUCCCCACAGUAUACUUCCCUUUCCUGGCCCCAACCUCAUCAGUCCACUUGCCUAAAAAGCAAGGAGUUCUAACUUCAGUAGUGCACCAGGCAGAUUCUAAAGACACUGUAGGUUAGGUUUGAGCUUUGUGACACUGAGCAGUAGAACAAAGUUCUUCGAUCUGUGCCUGUGUGUAUGAAAUCAAUCUUUCUUUAAUUCUGCAUUCCCCUCCAGGCUUUGUGACGCAGGAUGCAGCUUGCGGCUGUGGUGCCUUGCUUCGACUUUAAAAUCGCCACGAAUCACAGAUGGCUAUUUAGUAGCCCUACA